ACCAAAAUGUUAUCGUUUGAGCCACUUAAGAUGAAAAUUUGUAAAGUUUGGAUGUUUUCAAUAAUUUUUAUUAUUUCUUUAGUUAUAUCCGAGAAUCGCAUUGUCUUUCCUGAUGACGAGACUAUUUCACGUAAUCAAGACGAAAGUAACGCAACCUAUUUUAAGAUUCCUGAAAGUAUACUGAUAAGUAUGAAAGACAUUCAUACAGUAAAUGAUUUCAUCGAUAACUUUAUCAGGCCGGAAGAAUUAGAAAGUAUACAACAUAAUUCAAUAUUGGAUAGAAGUGGAGGAAGUGCAAGUAUAGAUUCUCUACCUUUUGCUGAAAGUGCCGGUUGUAAACCGAUACCUACUCUUGUUAGUUUAACUGAAGAAAAUAAUUUUUCAAUCUUCUAUUUUCCCACAUGUGUUUAUGUAGACAGAUGCUCCGGAUGUUGCGCGAGUCAGAGGAUGCAAUGUUCUCCUACUCAAACGACGAUGCAGAGUUUUAAGGUUCUUAAGGCUCGUUACACUGGCAGCGGGUCUACUACUUUCAAGAAUGAAGGAUACGAGAUUUUACAAGUGGAAAAACACGAAAAAUGUUCAUGCCAGUGCAUCAUUAAACCAGAACAUUGCACGGAUCGACAAAUGUAUCAUGAAUGUUCCUGUUCAUGUGCUAAUGGACACCAAGCCGCCGAUUGCCCUCGACCUUUAAAAUCCUGGGAUCACGAUCAAUGUAGAUGCAAAUGUCGGUGGGAACGUCCUUGUUCUACAAAUUUAUACUUCAAUACAGAUACUUGCAGGUGCGAAACGGAGAGAAACUCAUUGAUCGAAAUAAAUUCAAGAAUGAGGACGGAAAGUACAAGUAACGAAACGUCAUCAAAUUCAAUUUUGUUCCCUUCAGACUAGUGAAGAGACAGAUGGUAUUUUACCUCAAAACAUCAAUAUUUUAAAUUGUAUUUGAUUUUUAUUAAGGAUUUCGUUCUUAAAGACAGCAGAAAGGAAGAAAAUCUUGGGAAUGUUUUCAGGUGAAAACUUCUCACGUGAAGCAUUAAUUGAGAUACCUGAACGGGCACGAAACAUCUGUUACCUUAUAUAAAAUUCCAUUUUCUGUUAUUCUCCUCCUGGAAAUGGCUAAAUAUU